UUCCACACACCAGAAGAGGGGUGGUCCGACGCGACCGCAGCGACCGUCCCUCGAGAUUCCUCUCCACUACCGCUACUCUUAUUGCUGCUGCCUGUCUGAAUGAAUCCAUAGAGGACAAACAAACUAGAGAAGAGAGAAGAAUUCCCGCAACGAAGAAGAGAUAAGCUUGCUCCCUAGUGGCGACAAAGGGGGAGGGAGAGAUCGGCUUUUCUUCUUCUUCUUCUUCUUCUUUUUCGAUCAAGAGAGAGCGUAAAAUGGUUGGGGAGAGAGGGAGGGGCGGAGAUCUGGAGGUGGGGGCGGGCGGGUGGUGGUCCGACGAGGUGAGCGGCCACGGGUGUAGGCAGAUGGAGGUGGAGCUCGUUCGGCGGCACCACCGUCAUGAGCUAAGGGAGAACCAGUGCAGCUCCACUCUCGUCAAGCACAUCAGGGCCCCCGUCCAUCUCGUGUGGUCACUCGUGAGGAGAUUCGACCAGCCGCAAAAAUACAAGCCCUUUGUGAGCAGAUGCGUGGUGCAGGGCGAUCUGGAGAUUGGAAGUGUUCGAGAAGUGAAUGUCAAGUCAGGGCUUCCGGCCACCACCAGCACAGAGCGUUUGGAACUCCUUGAUGACGAUGAGCACAUCCUUAGCAUCAAGAUUGUUGGAGGAGAUCACAGACUUAGGAAUUACUCUUCUGUUAUAACUGUCCACCCUGAGAUAAUUGAUGGGAGACCAGGGACCCUGGUGAUCGAGUCGUUCGUGGUUGAUGUGCCUGAUGGAAACACCAAGGACGAGACAUGCUACUUUGUGGAGGCCCUGAUCAAGUGCAACCUCAAAUCUUUGGCCAAUGUGUCUGAGAGGUUGGCAGCGCAGGAUGUCACACAAGCAAUUGACUAAUUCUGAGAUGACGAGAGGUAGGUGGGAAACAUGUAGAUAGCUGCAGGCACCGAUGUUUUGAGCUGAUCCAAUACUUUCUGAACUUUUUAAAAUUGGACGGUGGUGGGAUUUCGUAGUGCUUUACUGGCUGAAGUACCUUUUUUACUUUCUGGACCUCUUUAUCUCCAUUAUCUGCCUUUAUGGAAGGUUUGCAGUGGAUGGCCUCCCUCUCUCUGGCUCUUCUGUAUCAGGCUGUGGUGCUGCCUGUAUAUAAUGUAGUUGAAUUGGUCACUACGUAAAUUUUGGUGAAGGCCGUCUAUAGUAUGACAAAGCAGCUUAACUAUGUUUCAGGAAAAGGGGGAAGGGAGGACUUGUUUGUUAGGUGCUAUGGCGCACAAGGGAGGCAUGUAGAUGCAUGUACUAGACUAUAUUCUAUUCUAUUUUAUAAAUAUAAUAAAACUUCAGGACAUGUUUUUGUGUA